AUGAAUUCGACGAGAAGAGACUUUUACGGCCAGCAACCACCCCUUACAUCAUUUCCAAGAUCGACAUUCAAUACCGCAUACCAUACGGAUGGCGAAGCUUACGCACACGACCCACAUACCGAUUCAGAAGAACAAAUAUCGGUGCACUUCACUGAUGGCUUUGAGGGAAGCCGAAACCUAGACAGGUCAACCUUCGACACCGAGACCCAUGUUGACUCACAACGAACAACGUCAAGGCAGAACUCGCGAUCCUUUGCAGAACGCGUUUCAAGGCAGAAAAGUCGGAGGCGAGAGCUUCUGGGAAGGCCAGCGAAACCAGGUAUCACUGUCGAUACGAGCUUCACAAGGCAUAGAGGCACCGAACCCCAUCAAGUAUUCCCUCACGGAACAGAGAGGGGCAGCGGAUCCGUCAGGAGGUCGCCAUGGUUCGGGUUGGGACGGUCUUCGACCAGGAACAAGGGCUUGGGCAUCACCAAGGGUACACCUCAACCAGACAUUACACAUCGGAAGAAGCCCAGCGUCGACCGAAGCGAAGCUGAUACCGCUAUCUCCAUGACACCUGGGAGCAAAUCGUGGCAAGAAAUCUCGCCUUGGGACCGACGCAUACCAAUUGGAAUAUCGGUCCCGACUGAUAGCAUUUCUGACUUUAGCACGCUUCAGCCCAACCGGCAUCGCGCUGGCAGUGAUGCCACUCUCGUAACCCCAAGCAUCAUCAUCACUCCUGCUGCAGUGAAGUCAGUAUGGUCUCCAGAUACGCCCUUCACAGAAUCAGAUUACACGCCCAGCAUUUACUCUCGCUACCAAUCAACCUUUGCGAACUCCAACGUUCCUCCAGUACCGGCUUUACCUGCCGGUAUGUCACAGGCACCAGGCAACGAUACUACCCGAGAUACGCAAGGAGCGACUGGUCAUGCCAGAAAUGACACUCUAGAUUCAGCAGGGACUGCCUUUGAAGAGGACGAUGACUCCAAAAGGAAGGAUCGUAUCAUGUCUACCAGUACUGUUUUCGAAGAGGAUGAGACGCCUCUAAGAGAAAGGACUAUAGAGAAUUCUUUGGCUAUUGAUACCUCCAUGGUGCCCACUCCACGGCGGUCACAAGGAUGGUGGAAUGUCAUCACCACCCCGUUCGUCAUGACACCGAAAUCGUCCACGUGGACCGAACCCGGGCAUGAUGGCGAUCGAACACCGGACGUGCCAAUAGUGCCUCUCCAAUAUGGUACACGUAAAAGGAGCGAGUCAAUAUCUCUCACAAAAGGGCCCGAUAACACAGCGGUUUCGGUAUCCAGUGUUCCAGCACAGAGAGACUCAGAGAAGGCGGUAUUCCACUCAACUCCAGAACCUUCUUCCGAGCCUCAUCAUGGCGUUACGUCUCCUCUUUCUGCCAUGUCGGCUUCGCCAGUUGUUGGUACAGCAGCUAUUGGAACCGUCUUAAUGCCUCGUCAGGUCGAGGAGCCGCGGCAGAUCAACGUCAACAUUGAGUUGCAAGAUAGGCGACCGAUGGCGGACAGUUAUUCCGUUCGGGCUAAUUAUCCACCACCUCCACAGCACUUGCACACGUCAGCGCCAGCACCACAAGUGAAGAGUGGAGCGUCUCCAUCCGCAAAUGCCAACAGCUCGCAGCAAAGCUUGCCAGUUUUUGCCCCGCCACCCAAGUUCGCCCAAAAAAGCUCGCACUGGAGCUACGACAACGUCAGUCGUUCCAGCUCGCAAGCAUCUUCUCCUAACCUCAAAGGAGGGAAGAAGCACCGCAAGGUCUGUAAUAUGAUGAGCAUCUGGCCGUUCGGAAAGAAGAGAAGCCAGAAAAGUCAAGGCGCUGAGAGAGAGAAGAAAAAGAAGAGAGGCAUUUGCUUCUGGGGAUGCUGUUGUUGUCUGAUCUUUCUCAUAUUACUGGCAAUCAUCAUUCCGGUGGUUGUAGUACUUACAAGGAAGGGCAGUGACAACGACAAUGACAACAAGCCCACGCCGACUCAACCGAGUGCAGAUAUCGGUAGCCAGUGGCUCAACCUAACAGACUACCCUCCCAUACCUAUCGGUAUUUUGACUGUCGCCCAACCCGAAGCAGUAGAGGAAGAGAGUGGUUGCGUUGCGCCAACUACGUUGUGGAGCUGUGCGCUGCCGAAAGAGCUUCAGCAGUCCGUCGCGCCAAACAAACCCGACCAGCCGAACUUCAAAAUCGAAAUCACCUUUGGGAAUGGAAGCGUAGCUGAGUUGCCCAAGUCUCAGCGUGCAAAGAGGGCCGUGAAUCCUGUCUCAGCUGGAGCCUUUAUUCGGUCAUUGUUGCAUGCACGUGCCGCAGCUUCGCCCUCUCCCGCCCCUCCAUCGAUUGCCGAUAUGAGUUUUCUGGGUCAGACUACGGACGGUAAUUCGGCGCCUUUUGAAGGCGAAGAUACCGGCUUGUUCAUUAGUAUGCAAGAUCCCACUGUCAGCGCGUCGCGACUGAUGAAGCGUGUUGAUGCGAGCGACCCGACGAACAUCACCGCAGUGAUCCCACCACCAAUGUUAGCUUCGGACGGAACUGCUGCGCCUGCGAACUUGUUACCUUUCCCAUCGGCACAACCUCUUCGAUUGUACAACCGCGGAAAAGAUAACGAGCACUAUGGCUUUUACAACUAUUUCGAUCGCUCCAUCUUCUUGAAGCAGAUUAACGGCACCAACCGUGGCGGCAAUCCUGCAGAUGUUGACGGAGGAAGUACAAAGGAUGCCGCCAAGCUGAGGUGUACGUACUCACAGACACGUUUCCUGGUACAAAUCUGGACUCGCAGCAAAGAAAGCAAGACCUUGUUGCAGCGUUCGGCUUCGGACGCAUCAAACAUAUUCAAGCGGCCAGGCACCUUCCCGUACCCAGUCACGGUCACUAUUGACCGUCAUGGUGGCGAUCCAGCGAAAAAGAACCUCUAUUGCUACGAGAUGGAGGACGAUGGCUCGAUCAAAGAUGAGGAAUCGAAGAAGUCGUUCCAGUUCGAAGACCGCGGGUUCGGAGGCAACCUCGUCAAAGGCACACAGGGGCAAGGGAGCGUCAGUGGAAACAUCGACGGGGGGACUGGCGGCUGCCGAUGUCAGUGGCAGAACUGGUUAAGUUAG